AUGCUCUGUUUGAGCUUUUGCAAGAGACACCGACAGAGGGAGCUGCUAGGUCACAUGACUAACAAACCGGGUGAAUGUGUGCAUGCGGGAGGAGAAGGGAAAAAGAGGAACAAUCUGUUCGUGACUCUCUCUCCCUCAGUAGAGGCCAUCGGUUGAAAGUAGCCCGCAGGUUUGGCCAAGGGUAGUGUGGGGAAGGGAGAAUUGAUGAAGACAGAAGGGAUGAAGGAGUCUUCAGGCGACAGAGAAGCGGGAGAGGAUGAUUUAAUGAACAGACACGGAGACCACCGUAGAACGGACACAGAACUGAAUGGGACCUACGAGAGUACGGAAACAGGGAAGAGUCACCAGAGCUCUGCCGUGCAGGGGUUGCAGAGCAGACUGAGGAUCGCAGAAAACGGACUGUUGGAAAACAAGGCUCCUCAUGGCUCUGUCAUUGGCAGUAAUGGCUACGUUCUCAGCACUCAGCAAGAGGACUCAGCAACUACCCCACACAGGACUAACUGGUCACCCACAAAUAUCUCUAUCACGGGGCAGGUGUCGAAAACGCUGCCAUCCUCAACCACUUUGCGUGGUUUAAACCAGGGCGCCCUAAAGACUGAUAGCAUAGGGCCUUUAUUGUCAGAUGGGAGGACAGAAACAGAGACUAAAAACGGCACAGUGUCAAGCACCCCUCCACCUGUCACGAUUCACAGAGCACGCAAAACCAUGUCCAGGCCAGCCUCCAACCAGACACUAAAGCUUUUAAACAGGGAACUAAAAGAGCCAAACACGGUGAAAGAUGAGUGUGGAGGUGGACCAGAGGUGGUGAAACCUCUGCAGACACCUCUAUCCCAGAACCAGCUACCUCAGAGCCAAAUUGAUACCACAGCUGUGACGACCGUUACGCCAGCCAAGCCCCAAACAGUAGUGGCUGGGGUAAGGAAAAAGAAGCGGAAGAUGGGUACAUAUAGCCUUGUGCCCAAGAAGAAAACCAAAGUCCUGAAGCAGCGUACAAUGCUGGAAAUGCUUCAACGUGCCCAUCAGUCUCCGCCCAGUCUUCAGUUAAAAGAGGUGUUGCCUGUAAAUGGGGAGAGAGCUGAAAACGAGUCUGAGGAGGAUGAAUCAGAGGAAGGAGAGGAUUCAGAUGAAGAUGAGGAGCUGGUCACAAAGGAGGGGUUCACAACCUCGCAGAAGGAGAACAGAACAGCUGCCCCUGCACCUCAGCUUGGAGAAGAGCAGGAGUCAGAGGAAACGGGGGAGGAGGAAGGUGAAGAGGAAGGAAAUGAGUCAGACUUGAGUUCAGAGUCCAGUUUGAAAAAGAAGUUGAAAAAGAAAGGUAAAGGGGACAACCCUUGGCUCCGUCCUUCCCGGAAACGCAAGCGGAAGUUGAAACCGAUGAAUGAUGGACUCCCUGAGACCCUGACUGAAGCUGAAGUACGGAGCCCAGCCCUUGCUCCUGCUGAGCGUAGUAAAGGGUACACGGAGGUUCCCCUAGAAUCACUCAAUCUGAAGACUCAGGAGACACUGCCAACAUCCCAGACCACAGGUGUAUCUAGUGUUGUGGAGGGACCAGACACAGAUAUGGUGCAGGAGCUUCCUCUCUGUAGCUGUCGCAUGGAGACACCCAAGAGCAGGGAGAUCCUAACCCUUGCAGACAGGAAAUGUAUGGCCACCGAGAGUGUGGAUGGGCAACUGAGUCGGUGUCAGAGUGCUGUUCUAAAACAUGAGAUGAUGAGACCUUCUAACUCAGUGCAACUGCUGGUGCUUUGUGAGGACCACCGAACAGGCAUGGUCAACCACCAAUGCUGUCCAGGUUGUGGCUUCUUCUGCAGAGCGGGUACUUUCAUGGAGUGCCAGCCGGACAAUAAUAUUUCCCACCGUUUCCACCGAGCCUGUGCCUCAGUGCUGAAAGGACAGAGUUUCUGUCCACAUUGUGGUGAGGAGGUCAGCAAAGCCAAGGAGGUUACCAUUGCCAAGGCCGACACAACCUCCACGGUUCCCCCUACGCAGGGUCCUGGUACCCCCAGUGUCACAGAGGGCAGGGCUGAUACCACCACAGGAGGGCCACCUCGUCCAUCUGUGUCUGGUGAGGGCAGAGCAGACAGUUCCUUGCCCAAACCUCUUGAAGCUAUGAGCACAUCUCUGAUCCCUGGGGACUCCAGACAAGGCACGCUGUCAAUGGUGGGGACUGGGCCUGCAGCAGGACCUCCUAAAGAGACUUUGGAGAGUGUCCUGCUGGCACUUGAUGCAGAGAAGCCCAAAAAGCUUCGGUUUCACCCCAAACAGCUCUACAUUUCUGCCAAACAGGGUGAGCUACAGAAGGUCCUGCUAAUGCUUGUGGACGGGAUAGAUCCAAACUUUAAGAUGGAGAGUCAGAACAAACGCACUCCUCUCCAUGUGGCUGCUGAGGCAGGCCAUCAGGAGGUCUGUCACAUGCUUGUCCAGGCUGGUGCUAACUUGGAUAUGUGCGACGAGGACCAGAGGACGCCCUUGAUGGAGGCAUGUGAGAAUAACCAUUUGGAGACGGUCAGAUACUUGCUGAGAGCUGGAGCCAUCGUGAAUCACAAGGAUGUGGAAGGUUCAACAUGUCUCCAUCUCGCUGCUAAAAUUGGGCACUAUGAUAUUGUACAGCACCUGCUGUCUAUUGGCAUGAUAGACAUCAACUGUCAGGAUGAUGGGGGCUGGACACCCAUGAUUUGGGCAACGGAGUAUAAGCACGUGGACCAGGUUAGACUGCUGCUGUCAAAGGGAGCUGACAUUAACAUCAGAGACAAGGAGGAGAAUAUUUGUUUGCACUGGGCAGCCUUCUCUGGUUGCGCGGAGAUAGCGGAGAUCCUGCUGGAGGCGAGGUGUGACCUCCAUGCCGUUAACAUCCACGGAGACUCUCCACUGCAUAUUGCCUCGCGGGAAAACCGGAUCGAGUGUGUCUCGUUGUUUUUGUCUCGUGGGGCUGAUGUCAACCUGAAGAACCGUGAAGGUGAAACCCCAGUGGAGUGUUGUAGCCAUAGCUCGAAGGUGUGGAGUGCACUACAAACCAACAGGAGACAGAAGGAGGUCACGCAUAGCAGCACCUCCUCAAGAGAGAAGCUCCUAAACAGGGAUAUUGCACGAGGGUAUGAGAGAGUUCCCGUCCCAUGUGUGAAUGCGGUAGACAGUGAACCCUGUCCCGACAACUACAAAUACGUCCCUCACAACUGUGUCACUUCCCCUAUGAAUAUUGACAGAAACAUCACACACCUACAGUAUUGUAUUUGUAAGGGCGAUUGCUCUUCAUCUACCUGCAUGUGUGGCCAACUCAGUUUGCGCUGCUGGUAUGACAAGGAGAGCCGGCUGCUGCCAGAGUUCUGUAGUGAAGAACCGCCGCUCAUCUUUGAGUGUAACCAUGCCUGCUCCUGUUGGAGAACCUGCAAGAACCGUGUCGUUCAGAAUGGACUAAGAAUUAGACUUCAGCUCUUCAGGACCCAGCUGAUGGGUUGGGGAGUGCGGACACUACAGGAUAUUCCACAGGGGACCUUUGUGUGCGAAUAUGUAGGAGAGAUCAUCUCUGAUGCUGAGGCCGACGUGAGAGAAAAUGAUUCCUACCUUUUCAGCCUGGACAGUAAGGUGGGUGAUAUGUACUGUAUAGAUGCCCGCUUCUACGGCAACAUCAGUCGGUUUAUAAACCACCACUGUGAGCCCAACCUGUUUCCCUGUCGCGUCUUCACCUCCCAUCAGGACCUGCGUUUCCCCCAUAUCGCCUUCUUCGCCAGCAAGAACAUCACUGCUGGGGAAGAGCUAGGGUUUGACUAUGGCGACCACUUCUGGGACGUGAAGGGCAAGUGCUUCAGCUGUCAGUGUGGUUCUCCCAAAUGCAAGCACUCAGCAGCUGCCAUAGCUCAGAGACAGGCAGACAGCACUCCAGAGUCCCAGCAGCCGAGCACCCUGCCUGACACCAGCUCCCACACGACCCCCUCCAGCCCAAGUUGAGCCAGCCACCACCACCACCAUCCAUAGGCUCCAUUUCCACCCAAGCCUUCCAUCUUAACCAGCCAGUCAUCACCUUUUCUCCAGCAUUAGCAUCAGCACCCCCCUCAGGGCCCUCCCUAUGGGCAGGAUGAAGCAUCAGACAGCUCAGCCUCCACACAGGGCUUAAGACUUCAGGGCCAUGACCUGCCGUGGUCACAUGGUUAUGCAUACGAACGAGUCAAGGCAAACGACCAUGAUGGGGUUGUUGGGUAGAGUAUGAAAGAGAGAGAAAGAGAGAGAGAGAGA